AUGUUAAAAGCUGUAAUACUUAUCGGUGGGCCUCAAAAAGGUACACGUUUCCGGCCAUUAUCACUGGAUACACCUAAGCCCCUCUUUCCUAUAGCUGGACUACCCUUAAUCCAACACCACAUAGCAGCAUGUGCAAAUCUAGAGGAAUGCAAAGAAAUCCUAAUAAUUGGAUCAUAUCCGACAAGUAUUAUGGCACAGUUUGUUACUGACAUGCAGAAGGAAUACAGACUAAUUAUAAGGUAUCUCCAUGAGUUUAUGCCACUUGGUACAGGUGGAGGUCUUUACCACUUCAGAGAUCAAGUGAGAGCCGGCAAUCCAAGUGCUUUCUUUCUUUUAAAUGGUGAUGUAUGUGCUGACUUUCCACUGAAAGAGUUAUGGAAGUUUCAUGAAGGGAAGCCUAAUGCUUUGGUGACUAUAAUGGGUACUGAAGCAACUCGUCAACAGUCAGUGUACUAUGGCUGCAUGGUUCGAGAAAUGAACACAAAUGCCGUAACUCACUAUGUAGAAAAACCCAAAAGCUAUGUAUCGACAUUGAUCAAUUGUGGUUUGUACGUCUGCUCGCUUCUAGUUUUCCAGAUCAUGGCUGAAGCAUUUCAACGGAAACAGGACAGUUUUUACAAUGGAAACGGGCAAGGCAGUCCUGGUUAUAUGUCUUGGGAACAAGAUGUGUUGUCGCCAUUGGCUGGAACUAACAAAUUGUAUGCACUGCAGGUUACAAAUUGGUGGUCCCAAGUGAAGACAGCUGGAUCUGCGGUAUAUGCUAACAGACACUAUCUUGAGUUGCAUCAGAAUAAGUCGAGUGAGGCUCUAUGUAAAAUUUUACCUGACGUGUUCAUACAUCCAACAGCUAUUGUCGAUAGUACUGCUGUGAUAGGCCCAAAUGUCUCGAUCGGCGCAGGAGUGACAAUAAAAGCCGGUGUAAGAAUAAAGGAAUCGAUUAUAUUGAACAACGCGACUGUACACGAGCAUUCCCUUGUUAUGUAUUCUGUUGUCGGCCAAGACUCCACCGUCGGUGAAUGGUCCAGAGUCGAAGGAACACCAUCAGACCCUGACCCAAAUAAGCCAUUCGCGAAAAUGGACAACACACCGCUGUUCAACAAUGAUGGAAGACUUAACCCUUCUGUGACUAUACUAGGUGCAGGUGUAACGGUACCAGCAGAAAGAAUACUUCUGAACUCAAUCGUUCUGCCCCACAAACAUCUAACAAGGAGUUACAAGAACGAAAUCAUCUUAUAG